AUGUAUUUGAUCUAUACUUUCUUCUUAAACUUGUGGUGUCUGCAUAGAUCAGUAAAUGCAAGAACAAAGGAAAAUCAAUUAAAUCUUAUAUUUCAUCAAAGGUUUAUAUCAGAAGAGCAGAUAGAAUAUGAAUUUAAAUUAAAAACUCAAGAAUUAAAUAUUCCACCUAUUCUUUCCCCAGAAGAACUUACAGAUGAAACAAAGUCGAUACCGAAAAGAUUACAAUCUGUUCCACAAUAUAUAUUAGAUAACUGCCCCCUUGUGCAUUUAUAUAGUGAAGAAAGAUAUUGGCCAGCUGAUAUUAAGGAUUUUGUCACUCAUUUUCAUAUUGAAGACUCGAAUGGGGUCAUUGUUAAUGUCUCACACCCUUUGACUUUGCAUGACCUUAAACAGUCAUAUAAUGUAUCCCUAGAGAACGGAACCUUUACGAAUGUUGAUAGUGAAGGAACUUUUAUGACAUCUAAUGAAAAAUUUAAUGAUAAUACAGAGUGGUUAUUUGGAUUCCGACCUGAAUACGGUACUGGUCGAAUUAAACGAGCCCCAGCAGUUUUAUUUAUUGUUGACAAAGGUAAUGGAUGGGUAGAUGCAUAUUGGUUUUAUUUCUACCCUUUUAAUUGGGGACCGUUUAUAAUGGGAUAUGGGCCCUGGGGCAAUCACAUAGGUGAUUGGGAACACAGUCUAGUAAGGUUCUAUAUGGGGGAACCAAAGUUUCUAUGGAUGAGUGCUCAUGGUGGUGGAAGUGCGUAUCAUUUUCAUGCAAUUGAAAAAGUUAAAAAACUAAGACAUGUUGAUGGAAAGAUACAGAAUUCGAUUGUUUGGAGACCGUUGAUAUUUAGUGCGCGUGGAACACAUGCCAAUUAUGCUACGGUGGGUCAACAUUCACAUGAUGUUCCAUUCUUUUUCAUGCCUUUAAGUGAUUUUACAGAUCGUGGACCAAUGUGGGAUCCUGUUUUAAAUUAUUAUGCAUAUCAAUACAGUGGGCAAGACAUAUAUCCGAUAACAGAUAGAGAAAAAGAUAUGGGGACUGAAUGGCUACGAUAUGCAGGAGCAUGGGGCAAUAAACGAUUGAAAUGGAAUGAUCCAAGACAAAAAUGGUGUCCUGUUCAAUGGAGAUACAUUGAUGGACCAAGAGGACCCUUGAGCAAGAAUUUAGAAAGAAUGUCUUUAUGCCAAUCAUUUAAAUGGUGGAAUUUUUGGAAGGGAUGCCCUGCAAGACAAUGGCUUAAACGUGGAGAAGGUUUGGAUGCAGAAAAAAACGAUUCAUUUGGUGAUAACUGUGGUAUUCUUUUAUACAAGAUACGUCCAAAGUGGUUACGAGGUUUAGUUAGACUAUUUAUGUGGAGGGGUGUGCUUUGCUUCUUAAUGGAUUACUUUACUGGAUGA